CUCAACCUACAAAUGUUUAUUCCUCUUUAUUCCUUUUCAUACUUCCAAAUCGCAUCAAGAUAAAUUACCUACUCACUUCGCGUGGAUUGUUCUACUUGAACCGCCCGAAGACAAUCAGGCGUCUGCUGAAGUCCGGCUUUACACAGGUGAAAAGUUCAAUCUCAGCAUAGUCCACUUUCCCACGAUGGCAUCAAAACUUCACGUUUUCACUCUGCUCCAUUCUGUCUUCUUCUGUCCAUCCUGAACAGCCAUGUUCAAACAACGAUUGUACACAUCUUUCAUAUGCAUUAGCUCUCAACCUAUUAGAGUCAGGCCCACUGUCCUGAGAAUAGCCACAUGGAAGCAACAAGGAUAUUGGUACUCCACCCAACUAGGUUGGUUCUCCUUUCUUUCGCGUUGCUUCGUCGAAAACCGAGAGAUCGCAUGCCGUGUGAUGAGAACCGCAAAGGACCUCGGUAUCAAAACCGUUGCUGUCUACAGUGAGGCUGAUGCCAAUGCUCAGCAUGUCAAGCUCGCUGAUGAGUCUUACUUGAUUGGUCCCGCUGCGUCUGCCCUGAGUUACCUAGACACUGAAAAGAUCUUGGCCGUUGCCAAACAGAGCGGUGCUCAGGCUAUUCACCCAGGCUAUGGAUUCUUGUCUGAGAAUGCAGACUUUGCUGAUCGUGUUCAGCGCGAGAAUUUGGUAUUUAUUGGCCCACCCGGUAGCGCCAUGCGAUCCAUGGGAUCAAAGAGCGAGUCCAAGUAUAUCAUGGAGGAUGCUGGUGUACCAGUUGUUCCUGGAUACCAUGGUGAAAACCAGGAUCCUAAAUUUUUGAUGGAACAAGCGGACAAGAUCGGCUACCCGGUGCUUAUCAAGGCUAUCAAGGGCGGAGGUGGCAAAGGAAUGCGAAUCGUGAACCGACCACAAGAUUUCUUGGAAAUGUUAGAGUCUUCCAAAAGAGAAUCCAUCAAAUCUUUUGGCGAUGACAAGGUGCUUGUUGAAAAGUACCUGGUGCGUCCACGGCAUGUCGAAGUACAAGUGUUCGCCGACACGCAUGGCAACACUGUUCAUUUGUUCGAGAGAGACUGCUCUGUUCAACGUAGACACCAAAAGGUCAUUGAAGAAGCCCCUGCUCCUGGUUUGAGUGAAGAAAUCCGAGCUGAACUAGGUGCCAAGGCUGUUGCUGCAGCUAAAGCUGUAGGCUAUGUUAACGCCGGUACUGUGGAAUUUAUCAUGGACAAUAUUGACAAGAAAUUCUAUUUCAUGGAGAUGAACACUAGACUUCAGGUUGAACAUCCUGUUACCGAGAUGGUGACCAACACUGAUCUGGUUCGAUGGCAGCUCGAAGUUGCUUCUGGAAACACGUUACCUUUGACUCAAGAUCAAUUAAAACUCACUGGUCAUGCAUUUGAAGCUCGUGUUUACGCUGAAAAUCCCAACAAUAACUUCCUUCCAGAUACUGGGCCACUGUUGCGUGUCCACACACCCGAGGUUUCCAAAAAUGUCCGUCUUGAAACUGGCUUCAUUGAAGGAGAUGAAGUCAGCGUGCACUACGACCCUAUGAUUGCAAAACUGGUUGUUCGCGGAGAGGAUCGAAACGAUGCGUUGAGAAUUCUUAGACGUGCGCUUGAUUCUUACAAUAUCGUCGGUUUGAAUACCAAUAUCAGUUUUAUCAAAACCUUGGCAGAGCAUCCCGAGUUCAUCAAAGGAGAAGUUGAAACUGGCUUUAUUCAACAAUACGAAAAGGAUUUGUUGCACCUUACCCCUCAAGUUGAUCCUAACACCUUGGCACUAGCUGCACAUGCCAUUGCUGUGAAGGAGAAGACUGAACAGAAGGUGAAUCCAAAUGAUCCUUUCACCCCUUGGUCCACUCUUCCACAGCCCUUCCGUGUCAAUGGAGGCACAUCCCGAACCAUCACGCUUCAUGUUAACGAUUCGGAGUUUGAUGUCAUUUUGGACAGCGAGCCACAUGCUUACCCUAAACUGAGCAACAUUCGUAUAGUUGAUAAAAAGACCAACGAAGAAAUCUCACAGAUCAGAAGCGACGAUCCGUCGGUCGACGAAGAUGGCAUGUUGGUUGCUACACUAGAUGGCCGCCGAUACAAGGUGAAUGCUGUCGUAGAAGGUGACAAUGUGGAUGUAUUUGCGGAGACCGGAAGAUCAACGUUCACCAUACCCACUCCAUCUUAUCUCACCGCUGGCGCAGCGGACGCAGUUGGCUCCGUCAAGACCCCUAUGCCUUGCAAGAUCUCACAAGUACUGGUUAAGCCUGGAGAUAAGGUUGAAAAGGAUGCCCCUCUGGUCAUCUUGGAGGCUAUGAAAAUGGAACACAUCAUUCGUUCUCCGUUCUCCGGCACCAUUGACCAAGUCCUCUACGCACUUGGCGACAUGGUUGCCGAAAACAAGAGCUUGGUUACCUUUGCUGGUGAAAAGUAGUAGAUAUGAAGUAAACCGUAGAGUAUGUAAUCACGAUUUCGCAAAAAUGAUUUUAAAAUAAA